UCUGACCGGAUUCGGGUAAGCAAGAACCUAGAUACCCAGUAUAUGUAGAAUGGGAUAUGUUUGUCUUCUCAACUUUUUGCUGUGACCUUGGAGAUUAUAACUUUGUCUAACGAUCGGAGUUCGUUGUUACAGGUUAUGCUCCAUGAAACCCUAAUUUACUUCUUCAGAAAACCGAGUAACAAAUCCGACAAUGGGCUUGGAGACAUCGCCUGUGAGAUCGAGUCGCCGUCCUCGCGACCAUUCUAAUGAGCGCCGCCACACGCGACACAGCGCUAGCCGACCCUCGCACCGCGACGACUUCGAUAACCGAGAUGGAAGAAAGAGAGACCGGUCUCGCGAGCGAUCUAGAGGCAGGUCUACAGAUACAAGGCGCCGCAGACGGUCCAGAUCCCCUCGCGAUUCCAGCAGGCGUCGGUCGCGUUCUCGAGAACGUCGGCCGGAAAGAGAGAGGCAGCACAGAAGAAAAAAAUCACACGAUUAUGACAGACACGACGACAGAAGCUACAGGGGCCGUCGAGAAGGCGACGGUGGACGUGACUCUGAGGACCAAGACAACAGUGGCAAACAAGUCAUAAGGCGUAACGGCCCAUUGCCUUCUCAGACUGACUCCUUUGCCCUGACCAACGGGGAGGAGCCUCCUAAGCCUAAAGAAAAGCCGAAUUUUGGAAAUUCUGGCACUCUCGCUGCUGCAUCAAAUUCAGUCACACAGGCAGACGGUUCCACGACUGUAUUGAAAUACCACGAACCCCCAGAGGCACGCAAGCCUUCGCCAAAGGACCAAUGGAAGUUGUUUGUUUUCAAAGGGGAGGAUAUUAUCGACACUGUCCCACUUAGCAAUCGUAGUUGCUGGCUAGUUGGAAGGGACACAGCUGUAGUUGACAUGAUGGCCGAACACCCCAGCGUGAGCAAGCAGCAUGCUGUGAUCCAAUUCCGCUACAUCGAAAAACGCAACGAAUACGGCGACAAGCUUGGAAAAGUCAAGCCGUACCUUAUUGAUCUUGAGAGUGCCAAUGGUACAUCACUCAAUUCCAAAAAGGUACCACAAAGUCGGUAUCUGGAGCUUCGAGAUAAGGACAUGAUCCAGUUUGGUCAAAGCACCAGGGAAUACGUCUUGAUGCUUGCGCCGAAGGACUAAGGCUAAACUAAACGUAUAGUUGAAGCAUCACUAUUCUCAUCACGCCAUCUUGACGUUGUAUAUGCCUAGAUGCAACACACCAACUCGUAUUUUUUUUUGGGAACAUAUUCACAGGCUGGAAGUCUCGCCGUUCUUCUAGUAUCGGUAUAUGCUCUGUAGAGCGCAGGCUCCUUGAUCGGGAAGCCGGAACGAGGCUCCAGCAUCUCGUCAACUCAACAUCCUUAUCCACCGAAGGAAUCGGCUUCACAAAGAACGAGGCUAUCAUCGGUAUGACUCAGUGGGGCAGUGUCUCAUUUCUCGCCAGUUGAGGAUUCUAAUUGCCUGGAAUACUCCUUUACGUCUGUUGCUUUACAG